CUCUCUUGUUCGAUCGCCGCGUAAACACCUCUCGAUGUCCAUUGAGAUAUAUCUUAAAGCUUUUUUUGUAACACAUAGAAUAGUAAAGAUCUUUUAUGGUCAGUGAAAGAACGGUGCUGUUUUGGAAGACAAGUAAUACCCGAGUUGCACAUCAAAGUGACAAAUGGUUGAGAUAUUCUGUUCAUAGAACAACUCAUUUCCGAGCCUGUUGGCGUUGAUUGAUGGUAUCCUGGAACAGGUUUUCUUUGUUCUAUCCAUACGCCCUCGUGCUCUGAGUCCAGUUCAGAAGUGACUGUCGCAUUCGGUUAUGUGUGAGUGAGUAGGUGGUAAAAUUGUGUUCUGCCCCAUUCUCGUGUCUUCUGAAGGCCCAACAGAAUUGAUAGCAAUAUAGACGCAGGGAUAUAAUAAGGCAUGGUGGCGGUGCAUUAUUGUAUGCACUCGCGAAGCACUGCUCACUCGAACGGAUUCACCAGUUGAGCCGGAGAACAUCCACAAGAUCUGUGAUGAGGCAUGCAUCCGUCUGGGUGUGCAUCCUGACAUUCUACAACCUGCAGUCAUCGGCACUGGCCGCAAUCGUACCACCGCCGUGGAGUGAUCCCAACAAAAAUCCCUGCGCUACCCAGCCUGGCGGGUGGCAACUGCUCUACUGGCCGCCAUUGAAAAAAUGCUUCAAAAUAUUCCAGCUCGGCUACCCAUGCCCCGAGACUAUGGAGCUCAGUCCAGUCGGGGUAGGCUCCACCAGCAAUGGAUCGACGGCUGAAUGUCGCUGCCCACCCGGCACCGCACAGUACCCCAUAACCAAGCAGUGCCACCGAUUGUUCGAACGAGGGCCCUGCGAUUUCGGGGAAUACUUCGCACCAAUUGCGGAUUCCGAUGUGAAGAGUGCCAUACCAAAGCAACGCUGGGGAGUUUGCAAAUCGACAGAAAUCUGCGAUGCUGGGAUGAUUUACUGGCCUCAGGAUAACAAAUGCUACCAAUUACACACGAAAGGACCUUGUACCAAAGGGAAAUUAAUUAGUCUGGAUAACAACGGGAUUGCAAAGUGCAAGUGCGAGGAUGUUGGGGAACUCAGCAAUUACUUUCACGACGAAACGGAAACUUGUCAUGAGUUUUUCACCAAAGGACCGUGUUCACGAACGGGCGAGCUGUUUCUACCCUCGAAGAAAUGCGCCUGCCAUCAACGAUUACCACAUUUUCACAAUGAAACCAGUCAGUGUUACGAGUUGGGGACAAUAGGACCAUGUCCGAUUGGACACACAUUCAUUAUAGCCGAUAGAAGAGGCCAACAGGUGGUGAGCAAUAUGAAGGCUGAGUGUCGAUGUAAAGAAAAUUACGUCCUGUGGAAAAAUGGCUACUGCUAUAAGCUAUACACGCAAGGGCCAUGUGAUCAAGGCUCGUUUAUAAUAGACUCAAACGUUUGCAUACAAAAUCCUUGCGAAAAGGGACGGCUAUACUUCCCUAAGGAAAAGACAUGCUACCGAAUAGGUUCUCAAGGUCCUUGUAGCCUACAUCAGGUGGUUGUAUUUGAUUUCACGACCAGACCUUCGCUGGAUGGUAUUUCGUACAACGGAAUUUGUGGCUGUGCAGGUGUAAUAAACAAUUUGGAUCAAUCCUGUUCCGAAGACAAUGUUUCCAAGAGUGCUUGUGAUAGUACACCUGACAUGGUAGAUAUAAAUAAACAAUGCUUUAAGCUUUAUACACGUGGUCCUUGUGGUCCAGGACAGUGGCUAGAGCCGAAGAAAACUCCAGUCAAAAUACGUGCGGCCACUUGUGUGUGUCGUCCAGGAUACACACCAUACGACGCUCCCCAUCAGAACGGCGUUAUUGGGUGUCAACCUCCAGCCGUCGGACUUGCCAGGUACUUGAACGGAAGACGAAUUGUAUCGAUCAAAGUUGGGAACUUCUUAGCGUAGUGUAGGUCUAACAGAAAAAAAAAAUCUAAUUUUUCCUAUGGGCAAUCAAUGUUUUGGUCGGCUAAUUGUGGUCAGUUUUUAAAAGCAUGAAACCUGAAUUUAAGCUGGUAUUUGGGUUCAAUUAUAACACCUUUAACUCCAAUAACGAAAUCCAUACAUAUUGUGCUCCUUCUGCAGGUGGUUCAUGAGCUUAUUAGGAUUCGGGACUACAUCGCCAGAAGAGUACUAAGUUACCAAACACUGAAGAGCAAUUGACAUAUGGAACCACUUUCGAGACAUUCACGAUACUUAACUACGGAUAUCACGACAAUCAGACCAACUCAUACUUCGAAACUGCUCAGCGCACCACUAAGUGCGAACAGGUGUGAGGAUAAGUAUUGUGAUUGUGCCAUAGAUGCAAAAUACUGUAAAAUAUUUGUAAGAUAAUAAUAUACUAUGUGAAUUAAAUGCCAAUACCGACUGAAUAGAGUAAUUCAAUGAUGUGACAAUAAAAAGCAAAGUAUAUUAAGAGGUACU